AUGCGCGCUGGGCCUCGACCGCGACGGCACGGCCGGCACGAGAGCGGCGGCGCGUGGCUCGUGGACUCCAUCGAGCGCCUCGGCUCGGACGCCGCGACAUCGCGCGACGGCGACGGCGACGACGCAUCGACGGCAACGUUCGGGACAUCGGUCGGUGGACCGCCGACGACGGCGACGGACGCGCGCGCGGGCGUGACGGUGGCGACGACGUCUGGGACGAACGAUGUCGCGGACGCGCGCGCGUCGCCGGCGUCGGCGCGGCACACGAGCGCGCAUUUGCUCGAUUAUUUUGAGUCCCUGGACGUGUUCAACGAGUGGGUGGCGGUGAGUAACCUGUGGGAACGGCAGGAACACGCGCGAAUGAGCGAUUAUCUGUGCGCGCGGUUGUAUCGAGAGAGUAGUGAUGCGGGACUGGAGCGGUAUCUGUCGCAGAUCGUGACGAUGUGGAUGGAGCGACGGAGACGAGGCGGACGCGGAGAGGGAACGAUCGACGCGGGUUCGGGCGGCGAGCAGGGAGAGUCGUUGGAACGCAUGAUCGUGUUGACGUGCAGACGGUCGUUGAGGUUGGCGACGAAGAUUUGUUGGUUGCUUGCGGCGAGCGCGGGGGACGGUGAGGAUAAGAGAGCGGUGCUGGAAUUCAGGGAUAGGUGCGCGGACGAGGCGGUGUCCAACGGCACGUGGGAGGCGCCGUUCGAGGAGCGCCUGCGGAGGGCGCCGUCGGGCGAGCGGACGUUCGGCACGAGCCCGUUGAAACGGGAUAAAUCAACAUCGGCGUCGAAAUCGUCCGGAAUCCCCAUCCCGGUGACGCCGCCGAGGCGCAUUUUUGGCAUGGCCAAGUCGCCGUCUCGAUCGCAGAGCGUGGAGAAGAAGCAAGUGCCAGAGUCGCCACCCGCAUCGAACGGAUUUCUCGCCGGUGUCUCGCGUGCGCUCUCAUUCAUGUCUUCUCCCUCGGGCUUGAAGAAAGAGGCCGCGAAGAAGAGUAAGGAGUUCAAAGAGAGGUUGGCAAAGGAAGCGACGGCGAAGGAAGUAACGCAACCGCGAAAAGCUGUCAGCGGAUUGUCCACACUCUUCAGCGUGUGCGGGACGGGUGAAAUGCCCGCUGAGGACGGAGCCAGAGCACUACGUCUGCGCAAAAAGACAUUCGAGGCGACGAUGAAGCUCACGGACGACUUGUGCGAGCUCUCGUUGACUUUGUCGCGGGUUUUCCCGCUCGAGGGUCGCCAAAAGAUUUUGCGAUACAAGUUGUUGCAGAUCAAUAAGCGCUUCCGUCACAUGGAUAAAGGUACAGGUAUCUUGUUCCCCAUGGGUCACAAAGAAAUGGAAAGAGUGAUUCGAAUCCCGUGGGAAGAGGCCGUGCUGUUGAACAGUCGUGAAAAGGCGCCAUACCUGGUGUGCUUGGAAGUCGUGAAUUCAAACCCCACGCAAGAAGAGAUGCACAACGCCACGUCUUCCACUGAAUCGGCCGGUCUUCCGCACGUGGACGACUUUUAUCCGACAGACGCACACGAUGACGAUUUCGAGACUAGCAGCUUCCAGGAGCGCAUGCGAAGAUCGUUCGAAAGAGAGUCCAUGGGGAGGAUGCACUUUAGAAAGGAAAGCGACGAUGAUUCACAAGAUUCGAACGAGGACAAAGCAUUGAGCGCCAUCCUCACCGUGGACGAAAAAAGUCAGAUGCUUUCGCUGACUGUCAUCGCCGCGAAGGACAAGAUCGUGGCUUUACCACAACAGUCUCCGCACCGGCGUAAACCGUCAGAUAUUGCAUUGAUUGAACUCGCGGCGCACAUAAAAGGUACAAGACUAUCGCAGGAACGAAUUGAGUUUGAGAACGCGGUUGAGGACGAAAUCGAACUGCCCAAAGCGAACGGUGUCGGUGCGACGAUGACGUCGUCCCCUCACAAGCGUAGCGCUGGUGGUUUGGGUGAAGCAUGGAAGGACAAGGUCGAGCGCAUUCGCAGGUCGUCUCCUUACGGCAAUCUUCCUGGAUGGGGACUGCGACCGAUUAUCAUCAAGGCUGGUGACAAUUGCAGACAGGAGUUAUUAGCGUUGCAGCUCGUGCGCACUUUCGCCGAAAUCUUUAGGGAAGCGAAAGUGGGCUGUUGGAUCAGAGACUUUGACAUUUUGACGACGAACUCACACAGUGCGUUGAUCGAAGCGGUGACAGAUGCUCCGAGCAUUCACGCGCUCAAGUCUCGCUCUCCUCGUGGUACGACGCUGCGCUCGCACUUUGAACGCAAAUUCGGCGUCGGAACCCCACAAUUCCGUGAGGCACAAGCCAACUUUGUGGAGUCUCUCGCCGGGUAUUCCGUCCUGACGUACCUACUUCAAGUAAAAGAUCGUCACAACGGCAAUAUUUUGAUGCAUGAAGAUGGUCACUUGAUCCACAUUGACUUUAACUUCAUGCUCUCCACGUCUCCUGGCGGGAUAAAUUUCGAGUCGGCCCCGUUCAAGCUGACCAAGGAGUACCUUGAGCUCAUGGACAGCGACAUCGAGGGCAAAAACUCGGACGCGUUUGACGCAUACAAGGCCCUCGUGAUCCACGGCUUCACCGCCGUGCGUAAGCACGCCGCACGCAUCGUCUUGCUGGUGCAAAUGAUGGGCGACAGUGGCUGCCCUUGUUUCUCUGCUGGACCCAAAGUGCUCAAGCAGCUGCGAAGACGUUUCCUUCUUCACCUGAAUGAAGACGAAGUCAUCGACAACGUCAAGGCACUGAUCUCUGACUCCUGCGAUGCUUGGAGCACGCGUCAGUACGACUUCUACCAGCGCAUCCUGAACGGCAUCCUCUAG